UGAGGGGGUGGCCGAGACACGCAGCCUGGUGAGGAGGGGGUGAGCGGGCUCCUCUUUAGCCCAGUGUUGACCAACACCCCCAGCUCUGUCUCCUCCCCACAGCCUUCCAGCCGCUCUGCCCCACACCUGCAGUGCUGCCCGGGGUUGUUGUGGCCAAAGUGCAGGAUCUGUAGGACCACGAGGAGCUGUAGGGCCAUGAGGGGCUGUCAGCUGCCAGGAGGCCUGGCAGAUAAAACUGGAGCAUGCAAAAUGGACGUAUUGCUUUGGUAUCACCUUCCAAGAGGAGCCGUCCCCAGCUCCUCCGGGCUAGCUCUGCCUUUCCCUGCUGCUCCCUGAGCUGGCAGCGCCCCGGCCCUUCCCUGUCCCUCAGCACCACAUCCCCUUCCCGCACUGAGUCUCGCUCGGAGCCCUGCUCAGCACACCCUGCAUCUCGCUGCCCGCAGCCUUCACACCACAACGAUGCGCUGGCAGCGGGCACGGGGUGGUGGGCACAAGUCCCCAUUCAGACUAAACCCCGUCUCCUCAAACCAAGGAGAUCUUUGCCCCUGGCUCCUUUCGGUGAUGGUGGAGCAGUUUCUGCUCUCGCCAGCAGUGGCUGGGCACAGGAUCUGGCUCCUGCAGCUGUUUGCACGGGGUUGUGCGGUCACAGCUCUGCCCUCCUCCUGACGCUGCCUCUAAUAAACGCGCUGCUGAGCUGCACAGUGGUUCCAGCCCCGGCGCUGCUCUGCAGGAGGAGAGCAGGAACAGCACAAGUGCAGCAGUCAGACCUGGGACAAAGCGCACCGCUGCUUUGGCUCCCCCCAUGAGUGCUGUCCCUAUGGCAGGAAUUCAAAGCAAAGGAUCCGAGCUGAGGAUAUUGCUGGUGGGCAAGAUGGGGAGUGGGAAGAGUGCUACAGGGAACACCAUCCUUGGGAGGAAUGCAUUUGAAUCUAAGGUUUCACUGUGUUAAAUAACCCCAAACUACAGCAAAGCUGACAGUGUCAUCCAUGGAAGACCGAUUGUUGUUGUCGACACUCCUGGUCUUUUUAACACCAGAGGAGUCCCUGUAGAAGAAACAGCUGAAAAGAUUGGAAAUGCCCUUCAGAAUUUCUAUGGUGGGGUCCAUGCCAUCGUCCUGGUGAUGCAGCUGGGCCAAGUCACUGAAGAAUGCAAGCAAGUGGCUGAGUGGGUGACCAAGAUUUUCCAUGCUGAAGCACAGAGGUACACAAUCCUGUUAUUCACCAGAACAGAAGAUCUACAGAAGCCCGAAGAUCUGGAGGGUUUAAUCGAAGACAAGAAAUACCUGAAGGAGCUGGCAGGAAAGUGUGGAAAUCGGUACAUUGCUUUCAGCAACAGAGCCACCGGAGAGAUCCUCAUGGCCCAAGGAAGAGAGCCCACAGCCUCUGGGUCCUUGUGCCAGGGCUGCAGCACUGCACAGCACAACAUUGCUUCCGUUAUCCGGGAGUCUGCGCAGCGGUUCCAGCCCCGGUGCUGCUCCGCAGGAGGAGAGCAGGAACAGCACAAGUGCAGCAGUCAGACCUGGGACAAAGCACAGGCUCCCCUCAUGAGUGCUGUCCCAAUGGCAGGAAUUCAAAGCAAAGGAUCCAAGCUGAGGAUAUUGCUGGUGGGCAAGACGGGGAGUGGGAAGAGUGCGACGGGGAACACCAUCCUUGGAAAGAAUGCAUUUGAAUCGAAGUUGUCACAAGUUUCGGUAACCUCAGACUACAGCAAGGCCCAGAGCCUCUGCUGUGGAAGAGCAGUUGUUGUUAUCGACACUCCUGGCCUUUUUGACACCAGAGAAACCAACCUGAAAACAGCUGAAAAGAUUAAGAAUGGCCUCCGGGCCCUCUCUUCAGGGGUCCAUGCCAUCAUCCUGGUGAUGCAGCUGGGCCGAAUCACUAAGGAAGAGCAGGAUGCAGCUGAGUGGGUGACCAACAUUUUCAAUAUUAAAGCAGAGAGGUACACAAUCCUGUUAUUCACCCGAGCAGAAGACCUGCAGCAAGAUCUGAAGAGUUUCAUAGAAGAGAGCUCGUACCUCAAGGAGCUGGCAGCAAAGUGUGGAAAUCGGUACAUCGCUUUCAGCAACAGAGCCACUGGAGAGGCGAGGGAUCAGCAGGUUGCAAAGCUCAUCCACAUGAUUGAUGCCAUGGUAGAGGAUAAUGGUGACGCUCCAUGUUACACGCGACAAAUGCUGGUGAAGGACACAUGGACCUUUUUGGACAAGGCUGCCCCUCUGAGCGCUCUCGUAUUGGCAGGACGUCAAAGCACAGUUGUUUCCCCAGGACUUGAGCGCAGAAUCCUGCUGGUGGGCAAGACAGGGGCUGGAAAGAGUGCAACAGGGAACACCAUCCUUGGAGAGAACAAAUUUGAAUCUGGCCUUGCAGCCGAUGGACUAACCUUAAGGCGCAAGAAAUGUGAAAGCAUCUUCCAUGGAAGAAAAAUUGUUGUUGUCGACACUCCUGGGGUUUUUGACAAUAUGGAUUUCAGCAGAAGAACAGCUGAGAAGAUUAAGAAUGGUCUUCGAUGCCUGAAUGAAGGUGUCCAUGCCAUCCUCCUGGUGAUUCAGAUGGGCAUCAUCAGUAAAGAAGUAGAACAAGUGGUAGAGUGGGUGACCAAGAUAUUCCAUACUGAAGGAGAGAGGUACACAAUCAUCUUAUUCACCCGAGAAGAUGAGCUGAAGGAAGAUCUGUACGAUUUCAUACAAGGCAGCCCAUUCCUCAGAUGCUUGGCAGUGAAGUACAAGAAUCGGUACAUCGCUUUCAACAACAGAGCCACAGGAGAGGCCAGGGAUCAGCAGGUUGCAGAGCUCAUCAAAAUGAUUGACGCCAUGGUAGAGAAUAAUCGCGAUGCUCCGUGUUACACACAAGACAUGCUGGAUAGAGGCUUAUGGAACUUUUUUGCAAAUCUUUGUCAUAUCCAAUAAUCACCAAGGGUUCGGUGAGAGCAGAUGUCUCAUCUGUUGUGCAGUUCCUGCUGCCUUUGCGGGGCGGUGCGGGUGCCAGCGCUGUGCUCCCUCCUGCCCUCAGCGUUCUCCAGCAGGCUGGCCCUUAUGCCCAAGGCCUUGCUCAGAGCUGAUAACAUUAUCCCGCUAAUUACUAUGACUGUGAUUUAAUCAUCUCGAAGCCCGCGACUCCCUUGAGCUCUAAUUCUCGGAUCAAGAUUGCAUGUGAUCUCCUCAAUUCCUUCUAAAUAUGGAGAAGCUUGAGUGACUGUAGUCAUGGGGUGGAUUAUGUGGAGUAAGCGCUGGAAAUAAGCUACUGGGUUGGAAAAGACCUACAAGAUCAUCCCGUCCAACCGUGCACCUACCACCAAUCGUUCCCACUAAGCCAUGUCCCUCAGCACAACGUCUCAGUGUUCCUUGAACACCUCCAUGUGUCAUGGUUUCAUGAUUUUCAG